AUGACAGACUCGAGGUCUCACGCCCAUACUACGACCAGCGGUGGCGAGGCUAGCUGGUGGACCCACAUCGUUCCAGCUGCACACGGCUGCGCCUUUGAGGUGAAGAAAGGCGACCACUUCCGUAUAGUGGAUCUGUAUGGCGAACAAGUCGUUGAUUUCGCAGCAUGGACGUGCAAUUCCGAUUUCAAGAUUAAUUGGGACGAAAAGCUCUCGAUGGCCUACACUCGCUAUCAUCUCUCGGGCGUGACACCUGCCAUAGGAGAAUGCCUGUGGACGAACAAGGACGAACCUAUCCUGCAGAUAGUUGGCGACACAGUCAAAGUCCAUGACAUGACUUUCAUGUCUUGCUUUCCAGAAAUUUACGCCAAGAAAGGCAUACAUGACCACCGCAGCUGCGCAAGCAACAUCGCCGAGGUGAUGAGACCUUAUGGUAUGAGCUCCUACCUGGAAGUUACCGAUCCAUUCAAUAUCUUCCAAAAUACUCCGAACUACAGCCUCAAACCACUAGGCAGCAGUAAGCCAGGAGACUACAUCGAAUUCAAAGCCAUGCAGGACUGUAUUUGUGCGGCGAGCUGCUGCCCGUACGAUCUGGACGGUUUUAAUGGAGGAAGAGUUACCGAUGUUGCUGUGGUCACUGGUUUGAAGUCGGCAUCGUCGGCAUAG